UUUCUUAAAGCCAGAGAAGCAGACUGGAAUAAAGAGCUGCUUAAUUGAGAGAAAGUUAUCAGUUUAACUAGACAUCAUGUCUAAGAUUGCUUUCAUCCGAAAACAAUCUUUUGAAACAUGGGGCCAACUCCAUAGGAGGAUUCAUGAAUUAGAUCCAGUUUUGUGUGAAACACUUCUUCCACCCAGAGUAGCAUCGUACAUCAAGAAACAAGCUACUGCUCUAUGUAGUAGUGAAGGAUAUUUAUGUACAUCGUUGAUAGCGGCUGCCGCAUAUCUCAUCGGUGAAACAUCGUGGAUACAAAAACCAGUUGGAAAUACGAAGAAAAAACCAAACAUGUUUGUGAUCAUGAUAGGACCACCUGGUACAGGCAAAUCACAGGCAAUAAAUACUGGAGCAACGGAGCCCUUGAUAAUACUAGCUGAAGAAAGAGGAGAUAAACAAAUCAUAAUCGGGAGAAGUACAUCGGCUGGACUUCUUAAACUAAUUGCAGCUAAUGGCAAGGCAAUGAUAGUAUCAGGAGAGAUAUAUGACAUCUUGUUCAAGCUUAUUAAGAAUGACAACGAUUCAGGAUCUGGGGAUACAACAUUACUUUGUGAACUCUUUAGUGGAGAAGUUUCAAGCAUGAACUAUGCUACCCAAAACAAUAAAACAAUUCAAGCAAAUACACCUUUCUGUAUCUUAGGUGGAUCACAACCAAGACCAGCAUUUGAAUUAUUGAGCAUGAUGGCAGAUAAGAGCAAUGGUUUACAUCAUCGCUUUUUAUUAUAUGCUCCACAAUGUUUUAGACCAACUUAUACCAACGUAACAAGAGCCAACGAAGAAAUAAAAGAGCUUCCUACUGUAAUGCAAUUCGUUAAAGCAAUCGAGAGGCUUCAUGAAAAAGAAGUCACAUAUUCGUUUUCUGAAGAAAGCAAAAUAUGGCUGCGAUCUAUGCACGAUGAACACGCUAAACAACUGAAUGAAAAUAUUCGGGAAGGAAAGCCAACUUGUGAAAGUAAGAUGGGGGACCAUAUAGAACGUGUAGCUGUCAGCCUGCACGUCUUAACUACUAUCGGUGAGAAAUUGCUUAAUCCUGAUUCAGAUGGGGAACACAGUCAUACCGUGCCUCAACAUACUGUAGAAGCUGCUGCUAAAUUUGUGGAGCAUUGUGAGGCACAGAAGGAAAUCAUUAUGAAGGAGCUCGAAGAAAUUCUCAAACCAAUCAUUGCUGGCUGUAAAGUACAACCCAAACCUGAUGACUUAAAACCGGCUAUCCUCCGCUUUCCAGGAAAAGCAAUAACAUAUAGAGCAUUCAGACAAAGUGGUCCUCGACGUUUCAGAUCUACAAUCAAAAAAGAGUUCGAAACAUGUGUACAAUCGCUUUCUGAAUACGGAACAUACGUGGAACUGAGACUUGGAGGGAAGACUAGUGUGUUCGUCAAAAAACGACCGGAUAACAUCAAUUGGAGACAAAGCACUGAAGUGAAAGAGGAAGAAUACAUUCAAGCAUUCUCUCAUAAAUUGCAUAGUGCAAUAUCAAGGAACAUUUGCGAUUCGUUAGAAGAGCGUGGUGUUACUACAGUUGAAUUUCUAAUGAGUGACAAUUAAUGUUAUCACAACCAUAUUAUACAAUAUUGACUUCAAAGAGUUUUAUUUGUGGUUAAUUUACGUUACAUCUGAAUAUUCUAAGUAUUUGUUUAUCUUGUAUUGAGAAGAAGUUACACUUAUUACGCUUAUUUGAAGUAUACUCUCUGCAGUAUUGAAUGAUAUUUAUGAACAUCGUUGAUAUUAACUGCCACAUAUCUUAUUAGUGAAACAUGGUGGAUACAAAAACCAGUUGGAAAUACGAAGAAAAAAUACAAACAUGUUUGUGAUCAUGAUAGAACCACCUGGGACCGGCAAAUCACAGGCAAUAAAUACUGGAGCAACGGAGCCCUUGAUAAAACUAGCUGAAGAAAGAGGAGAUAAACAAAUCAUAAUCGGGAGAAGUACAUCGGCUGGACUUCUUAAACUAAUUGCAGCUAAUGGCAAGGCAAUGAUAGUUUCAGGAGAGAUAUAUGAUAUCUCGUUCAAGCUUAGUAAGAAUGACAAUGAUUCAGGAUCUGGGAAUACAACAUUACUUUGUGAACUCUUUAGUGGAGAAGUUUCCAAAUUCUACUCAAAAUAAUAAAACGAUUCAAGCAAAUACACCUUUCUGCAUCUUAGAUGGAUCACAACCAAGACCAGCAUUUAAAUUAUUAAGCUUGAUAAGAGCAUAUUACAUCAUCGCUUUGGCACUUAAUGUUUUCAGAACCUUAUACACAGUAAAAACGCUGUUUAAGAUAAAAAUAUAACGCUGUUUCCUAUGUACCUUCAAUAAUUGUUUAACAUUUCAAACAAAAAAGUUUAAUUUAUUGAAAAUUAAAUGUUGAAAAUUUAACUCUGUUCUUUAAGAUUUUAAACACUUGUUUCAACUGUUUAAACAAUUACUGUAAGUUAUAGUAAACAGCGUUGUAUAAAUUUCUUAAAGAGCGUCUUUAUUGUGUACAAUACUGACUUUAAAAAGUUUGAUUUUUGGUAAAUAUACGUAUUCAUCCGAAUAUUCUAAAUAUUUGUUAAUGUUAUGUUGAGAAGAAGUUAUAAUUAUGCUUAUUCAAAGUAUGAAAUAACGUAUCGAACAUUUGAUGAAGGGGUCCUCGAUGUUUCAGAUGAUCAAUAAGUAAAGAGUUUGUAAUAUGACUACAGACGCUAUCCAAAAAUACACUUGAACGGAAGACUGGUGUGUCCAUCCAAAACGGUCAGAUAACAAAUGAAUAGGGCUAAUUAUUUGACCAUUGUAAAUAGUUGUAUGUAAUAUUUAUUGUUGAGUGAAAGGAAUUAAAUUAGGUUUAUUACAGGUAUGACGACAUAACCUCUAGAACAUUUAGAGAAAUACAUUACAAAACAAAAUAUAUAUGCUCUUUCGAUUUUAGUAAAAUAUAAUAAGAAUUUCUAUGUUAACUGGUUUUAGAAUAUCAUAACAUUUCUUGAUUUUAGAAAGUGGAAUAAUUUAAAAGAAAAAAGAAAGCAAUAUGUACAUUCGAAUGCUUUCUCAUAAAUGACACAAUCUGAUAAACUUGAUAUAUUUAGUUUUUCUAAGAAAUUAAGUUCAUUUUUAUGCAGUUUCUCAGUAAAUAAUAGAACUUAGAUUAAUGAUAUUUUUCGAAAAAAAAAAUAAAGUAAUGAAUAUUAUAUGAAAUAACAACCUCUCUCCAUUUCUUACGUCGACUUUCUUUGACAAUGUUAUUAGGUUAUUAAGUUUAUCUCUAUACCAUAAUGUUUAUACAUAUUUGUAUUAUGUAAUAGAUGCAAUUAAUGUUUAAAUGUUGUGUGAUGAGGUUGUAAUAAGAAAGAUUGUUAAUAACGUAUUUGGAAAAAAAUAAUUAAUAUUUUUCGAUAAAUUAAAACUAUGUUGAGGACGUAUGUCACCAUCGAAGUACGGAACAAAGAAAGAUGUUCGGUAAAUAGCCAGAAGACUGUUAGUCAAUAUCUUUUCCCUAUAAGCUGAGGAAGUCAAUGCAUAGUUUUAAUUUCUCAGAGUCAAUGGUAACAGCGCUUUCUUUGUUCUUAAAGAAACAUGUUUCAUCUAUAAUAGCGGAGAGUUAGUCGUUCUCAACCGUAUUAUACGUUAUAUUAAAUUAGAAAUUAGUAUUGUUUUAUAUUUUUAUGUGAUAUGAAAACUAUUAAUGUAAUAAAUGAAAUAGGUCUAUCAACAAAAUUAUCGUAUCAUUGACAUAAUGCUCAAAUGUUUUGAAAUGUCAUUACCAAACUGUAUUAAUUUCUUUUGAUUUUAUAUAUUAACAUUACCCCAUUCAACUUUUUAAGAUGUAAAAUUAGCCUUUUUGUUCAAGUUAUGAAAUGAUAAUUUUCAUAGUGUGAAUCCAAUUGUUAACAGAAUGCUUAAUUGAAAGAUACAAUUUCCAAAGUUAACUCUGAUGUAAUGCAUAGAAUAUUUUAUCUGGUAUAGUCGAUAGUCUUCCGAAGUAUACAUAUAGCCUGAGUUUAUAUGUAUAUUAUGCAGCCUUAAAAAAUGUUCAUGUACAAUGAAAGAAUGUCUUGGCAAAAAAAAAGAUAUUAUCAAUUGAUAAUAUUUAUUAUUAUUGUGGAUAUAUAAUAAAAUACAAUGUACACGCUUUUAAAU